UCUUCUUUAGUAAUGUCGGAUAAGGUAGCUGCUGUACCUUUUCCUUUUUGAGAUUAAAAACAUGUCUGUGUCUGAUGACAGCGUAUCGUGUCCGACUGAAAACAGUGUCACUGUUAAUUUAGACUCGGCCUCUGUGUCAGACGCCGAAACAGUGCUCACAAAUACUAAUGUCCAUAGUUGUCAUGUUGAAGAAGAAACCCAGAAUGAUGAUGAGCUGCUUAAAGGCCUGUUAACUGACACCUUCUGUCAGGUGUGCGAGGCAGUGUUGAUGUUCAAGUCUCAAAGAGUCUCUCACUAUGAGGGUAAGAAGCAUGCUCAGCGAGUUCGAAUCUACCUGCAGACCAAGAAAGCUGAAAGGAACAAGCAGAGCCAUGAGAGCAGCAGCUUGCAGAGUGUUAGUGCAGAUCCGGAGAAGUUCUGCGAGCUGUGCAGUAUGGUGUUUAGUUCUCCUGUGGUGGCCAAGUCUCACUACGAGGGAAAGGUCCAUGCCAAGAACACAAGGAAGUCCAGCACCACGGUCUCUGUAGAUACCAAGACCAAGGUGAGUUCAGCGGAUCCUCCUAUAAGUGCCGUGGAUGAUACAGUGGAGGGACGUGAACACAGCGAUGUGGUUCAGGAACAGAAGGAAGGCAUGGAUUCUGCUGCCCAGGGAGUUGACCUGAGUGACCCAGACAAGUACUGCAAAUUGUGCACCGCUUCAUUUAACAACCCAGUGAUGGCUGCUGAACACUAUAACGGUCGCAAGCACCAGCGCAACCUGUCCCGCCAGGAGCUGCACAGUAAGCUGGGAGAGCAGUCUGAGCACGCAAGCUCCCUUACAUGUCCAGUCUGCCAUGUGACUCUCCACUCCAUAGACACAUACCAGGCUCACAUGAAAGGCAAUAAGCACUACAUAAAAGAAAAGAAGAUGCAAGAAGAUUUAUGCAAAAAGAAAGUGUACGACUCGUUCCAGGACGAGCUGGCCGACUACAUCCAGGUGCAGAGGUCUCGGGGACUGGAGCCCAAAACGGGGCAGGGAUCUGAAACUCAGGGCCAGAGGAAAACAGAGAGCGAAGUAGAAAAAAGCGGAGAGGGUUGUGACCAGCCUCAGACUCUCGCUCUCCAAUCCUGUGUUCGUGCUCCUGCGUUCCGAACGCAGCCCUGGCACCUGCCGUUUCAUCCUCACCCCAAUCCUCCCGCUUUCAGAGGAAGAGUCCCAGUGCCGAACAAAUGGGAUCAGGGUUACUCGUCCUACCCUCCUCCACUCAUCCCUGGGCUCACAGGAAGAGCACUGCGUCGAAGGAGGAGCCCAGAAUCACUAGACUCCUCAUCAUCUUCUUUCUCAGACUCCUCGUCUUCGUAUAGCAGCACCACCACGACCAGCAGCAGCAGCAGCGAGGACAGGAGGAGGCGGAGAAAAAAGAGACGAGAAGGAACGAAGAGAAGAAGAGAUGAUGACGAUGAUGAUUCGGAAGAGGAUGUGCAGAGAAGGAAAAGGGAAAGGAGGAGGAGGGAAGGUGGCAGCGCGAAGAAACCAAAAAGACAAAGAGGAAGCUCUGAUGAAGAUCAUGCAAAGAGGUGGAAGGAGAAAAAGCACAGAGACAGAGUUGCGAAGAAGAGACGGAGAGAAGAGGACGAAGGAGACUGGAACACGGCGUCUCACGUCGCGAUGGCGAAAGGAGAGGGAGAAGGAGGAGGAGAAGCACAGAGCGAAGGACUUAAAGAGGAGAAAGCAAAGCACAAAAAAGAGAAGAAGAAACCGAAGGACAGAGAGGACAACAGGACAGAAGAGGAAAAGCUCUGGGAUGAAACCAUUUUGGGGAUAUUCUGAUCGACGAAGGUCGUGAGCUCUCGUUCAGCCGACGUAAGCAGAGUCAAAAUGGUCUGAAGGCAAAACGACGGAUUUACCUACAUUUGUUUUUUCUACACCACAAACUUCUGCCUAACGCAUACGACCAGCACACUCACUCUCUCUUUUUCUUUUCCCCAUAUGUGCUUUAUUACUGCACUUUUUCUCCUGAUCCAGAUGGAUCAUGGUUACAUGUGGUGUAGCUACAGUACAUCAGUCUGCUGCUAUUCUAUUUUUGCACAACAGGGUUAAUUCAGGCAUGUUGGGAUUUUAGAUCAAGCAAUGUGUCUUCUCAAAACACUACAAUGAAAUAAACGCCAUGUACGCUUGAUUAUAGGUUUUUUUUUUUUUUUUAAGUCACUGUUCUAAUUUAAGGUCGUGCCUGGGUAAAGGCCUGUAUACAAUAAGGAGUAAUAAAUAUUGAGAUGUUUUUGUUAUUUCA